AUGCGAGAAAGAGCUGAAAAUGAAUUAUUACCAUUACAAGAAAUACGUAAAGCUUUACUUACAGAUGAAGCUCUUGCUGUUCUACCUAGUGUAACUGAUAUCAGUAUGAUACUAAUAUUUUUAUGUAAAGUUAACUCACUUAUCUAUUUUUUUGUUUAUGGUUCUCUCAGAUCAUAAUCUAAUACAUAAUCGCCAAAAAAUGAAUCCUCAUCUUCCACAAUCAUCUUUUUUUUAUUCCUGAUAUAUAUAUACAAAAGAUUAUCAUAAUAAUGAUCGGUUAUUAUUAUAUGAUAGUGAUGAUCCAGAAUUUCAAAUCAAUCAAUUAGAAAAUAUACAAUCUACAGGACGAAUUUUAGUAUGGUCAUCAGAUAUUCAAUUGCUGAACAACGAACGAAAGAAUUCUAUCAUCGAUUCAACAAUAACAAAAUUGCGGAACAAGUAUUAUUAUAACGACUUUCUUUUUUGUUGCGAAUGCACAAUAAAAUAAAAACUAUUCCGUUAUAAUAAAUAACAUUACCUGAUUAACAUUGUCACCGAGCGUUAUCCAUAUUUUAAUAAAAGGAUAUUUUGAUAAUGGAGAACAUUUUUUCGGAGGACCAUAUCACUAAGGACAUUUUCUAAAGGACAUUCUAGACUGUUACCCUAGAAAUCCAUCCAUCCCCUAGAAUACACCAUAUAUCUUCAACCAGAAUUACACACCUAUACCCUUACCACUCAAGUGAUUUGUGUACAUGAAAAACAAACAAAAGUUGGAAAGAAUAACAAUGAAAAAUAAAUGACGUUGUUCGAUUCUUUUUCUUCCGACUGUUGUUGAGUAGGAACGAAAAACAAAAAACAUCCAACAUCGAGUAUAUAAACAGUAAACAGAAUUGCCUAUCCCCAAAACACAGCAAACAUGGCAACAAACAUGAGCCGCCCUCGAAGACAACGUAUGACUGAGAACUACUUGGUCAUCUGGGUCGACGGCAACAUCGACAUGAACAAUCAAGAUUGUCAACGCACGCUCACACAAUUGCGUGAUGUUGUCAAUCAAGUCAACACCUGCACAACGGCCGAGGAAUGUAUCCGAAGCCUUGAAGAAAAUCAAGAGGAGACAUCAUUCGUGAUCUCCUCUGGUGCAUUGGGACAACACCUUGUUCCAGAUAUUCAUGGCAUGCCAAAAUUGGAUGCCACAUACAUCUUCUGUGGCAAUAAACAACGCCACGAAGCUUGGACCAAAAAUUGGGCAAAAAUCAAGGGCGUCCACACGACAA